AGAAGAAGCAGUUACCAACCCGACAUACGUCAGGACGUGUGCUAUUUCUUCUACCGGUCAGGUCCGAAGGUGUUGGCUGGACGAGUUCGUAACAACGUUAACAUAUCCAUUUGUUGUUCAGUAUUCUAAUAACCUGCGUAUCUACAGUAUUUGAGAAUGUUUUAGAUGUGUUGAGAAUAGGUUUUCGCCAAAUGCCGAAGAUGGUCAGGCCUUAUUCUGGAUCUCCUCGCCUAAAACACCGGCUGUUUUCCCAGUCCUAUGGGUCCCACGAGCCUCAUGGAAGAUUGCAGCGUGCGGAUCACUAUGGUUCACAUUCCAGGGAUCAGAGGGAGUUCCGUGAAAUGAAAGCUCCGCAGUGGAGGGAGCCCAGGGGCGGAGGCCCAAUGCGGGGCAGGCCCCCCCAUUUCAACAAGGGUCCGCGGCUUAUGGAUGAGUGGAGAGAUCCGGCGCAUCACUUCCAUCGCCCCGCUGGUCAGUGGCGUCCCCAAGCACAGGGGCGUUUCCAUGGAUAUGCCUCCCAGCUUGACCACUUCUCCCCGGAACCCCACCGUGCCCACAGGAGGUCAUCUCCCCCCAGGUCGAGCCACUCCCCACCACCUCAUCGCCGUUUGCCCAUGCAUACCCCUGGGAAUGGACCCCCAAUCUACAAGAGGCUUUCCCCACGAUUGCCCCUCCAUGGGCCCCACCCUGGGCACAGACCCCCCUCGCCUCACCACUUCCACGGCAGCAUGAGGCAGCUGUCUCCUGUACCCCACCAUGGUCCUUACAGGGGUCCUCACCGGCGUCCAGGACCCACAGGAGAGGACAGGAGCCGGGAACGUGGCCCUUACAGGGACCACAGCCCUGGAGAGAGGCUCUUUGACCGGCUGCCACGAGGAGAGCGCUGGAACGGGGGCUUCCCUCGAUCCCUAUCUGGGGAGCGCAGGUUCUCAAACUCACCCCAGAGGAAGUCCCAAGAAUUUCACAGAAGGGGCUCCUAUCCAGAGAGGUACAGGAGUGAAGCUGCAGUGCAGGCUGGGUUGUCCACUGAACGAGAGGCCAGAAGGCACAGUGAGAGUGAGAGGGAGAUGGAGGGGAGCAGAAGGAGCAUGGAGUGGGGGGAGGAGAACAGCCCCCACCACUCGUACAGAUCCCCCAAAUGGAAAGCAGGUUCACCCUCCUCCUCUCCCAGAUUCCACCAGCAUCACCACCCCCAGGAGAGACCCACCAGGCGACCAGUGAAGAGGAAGCACCCAGAAGGCAGGCCACUGCCCGCGGGCCCUGGGUUCGAGCAUUGCGCCAAGCGGGCACGGGGGGAGACGCCCCAGCGCUUCCACAGAUCCCGGGGCUUCGGAGGCCGCGGCCUCUCGCUCAAAGACAAGAGCCGCCUGUUGAAAGGGAGGAAGCUGAGGGCUUCGUCGGAAACGGGGGACGAGCAAAAGCCCGCGCUCGCCCUGAAGCCGAAGCACCCCAAGAUACAGCCGCCGAAGGAGAACGAGCAGGAGCAGCAGGAGGAGGAGGAGGAGGAGGAGAAGCCGUGUCCGUCCGUCAGAAAAACCCGGUCGACCGUCACGCUCCAGACAGAGCAGCCCGAUGCGGCUAAGGCCCGGGCCCUGAAGAAGACCAACCCGAAGAGGGUGCCCCUCAAGACAUCCUGUUCUCCGGACUCCACGGCUGGUUCGCCCAGAGAGAUGGAGACACUCACCAUCAAGGUGGACACACGCCACACCCUGAGCACACACAGUUCCUCCCCCUCGGAUCGGCAGCUCUCCCGGGAUCUGGUCACGGUGUCCCGGCAGGGCCUGGGCUCCAGGCCGGAAGAAACAAACAGUGCCCCCUGGAGGGACGGAAACACAAAGUCUCAAACAGGUGAUUUUGGCCCGGAACUCGUCACGUUAGUCCACCAAGUCAAAGAGAGCUUUUUUAGCUCCCACGGAAACCUCACGCUGAACGAACGCUUCUCAAAACUGCAGAACUCCUGCUCUUCAUCACGUGACCUGAGUGGUCGGUACAGUGGUCUGACAAGACAGGUUGACAUGCCCUUGCUGAGCCAGAAGACUUUCAAACCAAUCAAGAUAAUGGGACCACCCCAGCGACCCAGCUUCCGCCCCUCCAGUCCCGGUCGGAAACCGCCGCACUUCCUGCGUAGACCCUUCACGGAGCCCCCAGGACAUUUCGGGAGGUUUGGAUACUUCAAGAGGCCGCUGAUGGCCAACUUUGUGCCACGCCCUCCCUUCCAGCAGAAGCCGAUGUUCAGGAAGAGCCAGAGCAUCAUGUCCAAGUACCGCCACCUGCAGGUGCUGCGCCACCGAGGGCCCGCGUACCGCCGCUAGUCAUAGAGGAAGGAGAGAAGUAUCAGAUGUGGAAUACGCUGGGUGAUCCUGUCCCAUGGCACAUUUGCAGACUUCAUGCUUUAUUUUAUUUUGGGAAGACCCUCUUAUACAGGACAGUGCACCAUGGGCAUUGGCAGGCUUUGCAUUGGGCUGCACCCAAAGUGAAGCACUCGGUUCUGUGGAGAACUUGCCUGCCUUCAUCUGUAUGUCGGAUAUCUGUUCUGACAUGUUAGUCCUGGAAGAUAUUGCUUGCUUAUCUGCAGUUUUUUGGGUGUUUGAGGAUAAUGUCCUUUUUAUCAUUUUUCUUUAAUUUCUUUCAUAAACUGUAUAAAGUUUUGUUUGUGGAAGGCUAGGCAAAUCUGAAUUAUGGGUAGUGUAGUGGUUUUGUGAUUUACAUGUACAAUGGGGUGGGAAUGGGGUUCACUAAAAAUGUUGCUUUUCUAUUUAUCCAUCUUAACUGUGCCCUGGGAGCCAGGAUGAACACUUUGUUUCAGCAGAGUUAUCAUGCCGUGCAGGUUUGAGAAGUUUGAGGAGUUUACUUGUAAUGACAGUUUUUCUUGGUUCAGAAAAAAUGGCUUUUGUAUGUUUGCUUCAGUAUCUUGGUUUCAUUACAGCAUCUUUAAUGCACCUUGGCAUUCUGCAUGUCAUGUAACUUAUAGCAAUUAUAUUUUUUAAAAAAUGCUGUGUAAA